GGCACUGGAGGUUCAUCCUGAACUGGGAUGGGAAGAGGCAGCUCAGGGUGAUGUCCCCUCCCCCGAACAGUGACAGGUGACUUGGCUGUGAUGAGCCCUGAAAGGGAAACAAAGUCAGGGGCAGAGAUCCCGCUGCCCAGUGACCCCAGAGAACCUGGCUGCAGCCCUGGCUCCAGAAACCCCGGGGACGCUCACUGCUGACCGGGCCAUUGACUGUCUGGUUGGUAGUACUGCAGGGCUGGCAGGCUCCCUGCUAAUAGUCGUGUGGUCUUUAGGCACUAAACAACAAUUGUAAUAUUAAAUACUGUAAUGUGGAAGUAUAUGUGUUAGUACAUGCUAGGUGUGUACACACGUGUAUUCAUGUGUAUCUGCAUGUAGGUGCAGGAGUCAGUUUCUACAGAUUCCUUUAUAUAGGUAGCCGGACAGAUGUGCACUUCUGUGGUUGUGCUCUAUGGAUUUGUAUUUGGGCUUCAGGAGUGGGUCUUUAAUGGACCCGUUGCAGCUGUGAUAAUGUGUGGGCCUAAUGCCACACAUAAAAUUACAAUAACUUGAAUGAACAAAACACAUGGAGCUGGUUACGAAAAAUGGGAAGAGAGGCAGGAAAGAAUCAUGAAAAACUUGGUGAAAUUUCAUUUUUUUUUAAUUGCCCUUUUUGACUAUUUUUUGCUGCCAGGUCUAGCAUCCUGUAACAAAUAAAACCUGAAUUUAGCAUAAUACAUCUGUCAAAACAAUGCCUGUUUGGGUCUUGCAGUGAAUAUGAGCAUGUGAGAGAGGGUGGGGGACAGCAAGGGACAGAGGAAGAGAGGAUGGGGUGGGGGGGCCUCAGGCAGGGGUGGGGCAAAUUUCUGCACAAAUUCUGCAUGCGCAGUGAUGCAAAAUUCCCUCAGGAGUAGCAGGUGCCUUGUACCGUCCUCACUGUCAGAGACAGGAUACCAGGCUAGAUGGACCUUUUGGUCUGAUCCAGUGUGGCUGGGGCGGGGGAUGUUCCCCAUGCUCCAGCCCCCCCAUUUCACCCUCUGUGAUGCUGGCAGAUGAGGUGAGCCCUGGGCCUCACUGAAUGCUUACAAAUGCAUGGCUGAAGCUAGGCCGAUUCACUUGGGAUCUAAGUGAUUGUGAGAUGUAUAAGAGUAGUUGGGGUUUAAGCAUUCUGAAAACGAAUGGGGUGUUAUAUGCCUUGCAUUUACUUAUCUGUACCCCGUUAUAAUGUAACCACAAACGUUUACGUGGUGUACAUCCCUGUAACUGAAUAACCCACCCAACGAGAGAGACGCCCUGUGGAAUGCGUUGCCAACUUUCUAAUUGCUGACAUGAGGCCCCGCCCCUCCACUCUGCCUUUUCUCUGAAGCCCUGCCCCCAGCUCCUCUCCCCUCCUCUCCCCUCACUUGCUGCUCUCCCCACCCCUUUCCUCAUCUCUGGAUAGUCUCCACCUCCCUCCCGCCCCAGCUGGGCUCCCUGUGCUCCUGGGCUGGGACUGGAGCUGCUAGCCUGAAAAGGAACCUGCCUGGAGGUCGAAGGCAGCCCCAAUGACCUGGUACCUCCCCCUGCCCUGCGGUUGCCAGAUGUUGAGUAUUUGGUCAGUACAUCUGAGCAGACACUGCCAGGUCCCCUUUUCGACCACGCUUUCCAGUCGAAAACCGGACUCCUGGCAACCUUAUGCAAAUGAAGCACUUUAACAGAGCAGGGCUAAUUUCGAAGCAAGUGGGCGCUGUGUGUGAUGAUCAGAGGUCAAAGCCUCUAGCUGCGUUCCUGUCUCGCCGUCCUCAAAGGAAGAGCCCACAGGGGCGGUGACCCCGUCAGCUUGUUUUCCUGGUAUGGAUUCAGCUGCCAGAAAUUCCCCUAGCUCGGCAAUUUAAAUACCCAACAAGGAGCGACUGAUAUUCAGAGCAGGUUUCAGGAGGCCACGCUGCCUGUGCCGGUCCCCCAUUUCCUGACCGCGACUCUCUCUGGGCUCUGUGUCUGCUGGGUCCUGCUGGGCGGCUCCGGGCAAAUCUGAGUCUCUGCGGCGUGUGAUGUGCCCUGGCCUUUGUUCCCCAAUUUUCCUGUUCCUUGUCUGGGGGGCUCAUUGGGGGCUCAUCACAGCUGAAUCGCCCGUCACUGCUCAGUUCGGGAGGGACGUCACCCUGAGCUGUCUCUUCCCGUCCCAGCCCGGGAUGAACCUCCAGCACCUGACAGUCACCUGGCAGAAGGAGCAGGUGGGGGCAGAGAUCUUGGUGGUUCAUAGUCACUAUUACGGGAAGGAGCAGCUGGAGAGACAGGACGAGGCUUAUAGGAACCGGACCUGGCUGGAUCCAGAGGGGCUGGCCCGGGGGAACGCAUCCCUGACGCUUAUGAGUGUCCGCACCCAGGAUGAGGGCAUCUAUCGCUGCCACGUCACCUCAGAGCUGGGCAGAACUUCGGAGACGAGGCAGGUUACAGUGCUGGCACCCUACAGUGAGCCUCAUCUGACCCUUGAGCUCUCGUUUCGGCUGGGCCACACCCUCUUGACCUUCAGCUCGGGGGGCGGGUACCCCCGGGCGAGCGUGGAGUGGAGGGACGGGACGGGAACCAACCUGACAGAGCUCAGCACUACCACAGAGUCCGUGGACACCCGGGGCCUUUACACCCUGUGCAGCGAGCUGGCCGUGCCCGUGGGGCGGAGCACCAACCUCACCGUGCUCCUGGUGACAGCACCCGGGCGGGAGACCCACAUGCAGCACAUCACAGUGGCAGCAGGACCCGGGCAGAGACGCAGCCACGUCUGGCUGCUGGUGGCCUGUCUGGGCGCCGUGACCCUGUCUGUGAUAGUGGCUGUGUGGAUCCUUCACUCUCCCGGCCGUGUGACUUGCAGACGCUGCUCAGAGAGUCGCUUCGCCGGGACGAGGGAUGUGGAGGAUCCUUCACCCCAGAGCCAGCUGGGCCCUGGGACCUGCCCAGCCCUGGGUACACCCACCCCCGGCCUCGGGGCUGAUCUCCUGGUGGCUCCCUCGCCUUCACGCCAAGGCUCUGUAGCUGGGAGCCAGGGGUCUCUAGAAUCGAUGGCCGCACUUCAUAGCAAGGACAGCACAGUUCUAUGGGCAGCACAGAGCCACUGCACCAGGACUUGCUCUUGUCCCUGACCCCUGCGACGGGAGAGACCCCUGCGAGGCGGGGACUGACCCAUGUCAAUACAACAGGGCUCAUACACUACAGCCCCCACUGGGGGGAACCUAACCCCGCUCACGCAGGGCAGCUCUUUGUCCCCCUCUAAUCACUGCCCCACAUCAGAGCGAUUAGUGAGAUCCCUGUGGGGCUAGGGCCAGAGCCUCAAAGGUAUUUAUAGAGCCCCAGAGAUCAUAUAAUCUCAGGGUUGGAAGGGACCUCAGGAGGUCAUCUAGUCCAACCCCCUGCUCAAAGCAAGACCGACCUCAACUAAAUCAUCCCAGCCAGGGCUUUGUCAAGCCUGACCUUAAAAACCUCUAAGGAAGGAGAUUCCACCACCUCCCUAGGGAACCCAUUCCAGUGCUUCACCACCCUCUAGUGAAAAAGUUUUUCCUAAUAUCCAACCUAAACCUCCCCCACUGCAACUUGAGACCAUUACUCCUUGUUCUGGGGCUGGGAGGGACCUCAGAGGACAGCUCGUUCAGCCCCUGCACUGAGGCGGGACCAAGUAACCCUAGAGCAGCCCUGAUAGGGGCUUGUCCAGCCUGGGCUUAGACACCUCCCGUGGCGGGGAUCCCACAACCUCCCUUGGACACCAAGUCCAGACUGAACUCCCCUGGGAGCUAGCAAGUGUUUCCGGAUAUCUACCCUCACUCUCCCUUGCUGCAGGUUAAGCCCAUUGCUGCUGCCUCUGCCUCCUGCGGAGAUGGAGAACAAUUUAUUACUGGGGGCAGGAGGGAGACCAAGGGGUGCAGGCGAUUGUGGGGGGUGGGAGGUGGACUGGGGAGUAUAGUACUAAGGGUGGGAUGGAGAGCAAUAGGAUGGCAGCUGCCCCACCCCAGGUUUAACAGAAGGACAUGACUCCUCCAUCACCCCGGAGCUGGCCCCAGAAAUCCUCUGUGUGUGUGUUCGCUUCCAGCUGGCUGGAGCACCCCCAACCCUCAUGCACGGGGCGCCGGCAGCCUCCCCUGGUGGCCCAGAGGGCAGAUUGGACUAUUUAUUUAUGAUGUUUUAAAAUCUCGUGAUUUCGAAGCCCGUCUUGUGAUUUCCAGGACCUGCCUCGUGGAUUUCAGAGGCGUGGGAUCGGCUGGGGUGGGUGGCAGGAGCUCACAGGAUUUGGAGACAGUCAAGAAGUUAUUGUGCAUAAUGUGCAGCUAUUGGUGUCACUUAUUUAUUUCUGUUGGUAGACAGAGCGAUUUUCUUCAAAAGAAACAAGACUUUCAAUAAAUGUGUAUUUUAUACUAAA